ACGCUCUACUUUUUGUUUUUUGCCGUGAAAGAGAAAAAAAAAGAGGGGGUAGAGAGAGAGAGAAAAAAUACAAGUUAUUAUAUCUAUGAAGUCAUAAUUUCAGGAAUAGCGGGGUAUCACAUUUUCUUUCCUUGAGAAAAUUGCCGAGGCGAGAGAGWGGAGUUGAGCUAAUUGUAGCCUAAUCCCUGGCCCAGAGGCGCUCGGGCAGCCCGGAGCGAGAUUUUUUUUCUCCCUUUUUUUUUUCUUUUUUAGCUCCGCUCUGUUAUUUAGAGAGGGAUUAUUGGCUUUCUUCGUCUCAUAACAAACCACAGGGGCAGUUUCAUUUAGGGCAAACAACAAAAAAAGAAGGAGAAGGAGAAGAAGAGGACAGGCAGACAAGAAGAGGCAGAAAGACGGAACGGGAUUCCGACAAGAGCGCACAUUUUAUGCGUAACCGAAUCAGAGCCGAGAAGGGGGAAGGAGACCAGCUCAUCUAUGUUCAAGGAGGGAAGAAGCAUGUCACGGCUCUCUCUGACCCGGUCCCCGGUCUCUCCUCUGGCUGCCCAGGGGAUCCCUCUUCCCGCACAGCUGACCAAGGCGAACGCCCCCGUGCACAUCGAUGUCGGGGGCCACAUGUACACCAGCAGCCUGGCGACCCUCACCAAGUACCCAGACUCAAGAAUCAGUCGUCUGUUCAAUGGCACUGAGCCCAUCGUGUUGGACAGCUUGAAGCAGCACUACUUCAUAGAUCGGGACGGCGAGAUAUUCCGCUACAUUCUCAGUUUCCUGAGGACCAGCAAAUUGCUCCUUCCAGAAGACUUCAAGGACUUCCACCUGCUGUACGAGGAGGCCCGUUAUUACCAGCUGACACCCAUGAUCAAGGAGCUGGAGCGCUGGAAGCAGGAGCGCGAGCAGCGGCGGAUGGCGCAGCCCUGCGACUGCCUCGUGGUUCGCGUCACGCCGGACCUCGGCGAGAGGAUCGCCCUGAGCGGGGAGAAGGUCCUCAUCGAGGAGAUCUUUCCCGAGACCGGAGACGUCAUGUGCAACUCCGUCAACGCUGGCUGGAACCAGGACCCAACACACGUCAUCCGCUUUCCCCUCAACGGCUACUGCAGGCUCAACUCUGUCCAGGUUCUGGAGCGUCUCUUCCAGAAAGGUUUCAGCGUGGCGGCGUCAUGCGGCGGCGGCGUGGACUCGUCCCAGUUCAGCGAGUACGUGUUGUGUCGCGAGGACCGGCGGAGUCUGUCAAUCAACACGCCCAUCAGGAUAAAGCAAGAACCUCUGGACUAGAGAUUUCUGGGAGCGGGACUGGCGUCGUCCCCCUCGCCUGUCCUCAACACUCCUCCUAUCAUUCCAUCCCACAUCAUCCCACCACCACCACCACGACCCCCGCCCAAGGACCACAGCCACCCCCUCCAAUAUACCUAAGUAUUAGCAGAGGCUCGCUAACCUCGCCAGCUCUGCAGAACUCUAAGGGGAAUGUAGAACCAAACAAGGAAAAAAAAUAAAAUAAAAAAGCAUCAGCAGCUAAAGCUUUUGAUUUACGGUAAAAAAAAAAAAUGCCCAAAGAACUUUGGGACUGUGAUGACGGCACCUCACAGCUCACUGUUUUUAGCUCCGUUACUUGUAGAUUUUUCCACAUGGACUUAAGAAAAGGUUGUCGUGAAUCUUUUCCAGGGAUGAAUUAACCCCCCACCACCAACCCCCUCAACCACGGUCUUCCUCACCUCUCUACAACUCUUUCACCUCCAUGUCUGCGAGACCCACGUUAUUCCUGACUGGUGGGGCCUGCUGUGGUCCAGGAAGCUGUCGUAGACAUGAUAAGAAGAGGACGCGAUGUCAUUUUGAGAGUCCCCACUAAAGCCACUGUCCCCCCCACCCUAAAAAAAUACCAAGGCCCCCCUCAUCACCCUCCACCCCCAACAUAACACAGGCCUGGCUAUAAUGCUCGCCGGACACCGAGACGUUUGUUAAACUGAUUGUUCUUUAAGGCUUUUCAUUGUUGUUCGGAAACUUAUUCUUCUUGCUGUUUUUAUCAUGACACGGUGUAAACAAUUAUUAUUAAUAGGAUUAUUUUUAAUGUCUUUUUUUCCCCUUUUUUUUCCCAAAAUGAAGGAUGUAAGAACAUUGUGUUCAUUAGGCUGUGAGAGCUUGCGAGGGAGCGUUUCCUGGCAAUAGCUGCAGAAACUCGUGGCUGCAGGCUAUGUGGCUAAAGCAAUCUGACUGGCAAUGAAUCCAGAGCCAGAAAAACUCCCAUUGUUCAAACGGCGAAAUGGAAGAAAACCUGGAUGUUUCAACAUUGUUUUUAAUCAAAUGUGCUGUAAACAGAAAAAAAAAAAACAAGCUCAAGGAUUUCUGCUUAUUCACUCUAAAAACAUAUCUGGCAAUUGGAUUCUCUCACAAGAGCACAAAACGUUUUAUUUAGCACAAGUUUUUGUCAAGUUGAAAUUUCAGGACUAAAAUUGCACAAUCUGUGAGCGUGUGGCAGUUUUGUUGAGUUAAGAAUGUUGAAGACGUUCACCAGGACGUCUCGCGAUCGACAAGACUUUAAAAGCCUAAAGUUUCUUUGCACUUACGUUUUCCCACAAAGCUGCCGUCUUUUCUUGCAACGCUCGUUUGAACCCAGGGAGCAGCGCCAAAUCCAGCUGUUUUUAUUUUUGUUUUUGUAGCCUAGACUGUGAGAUUAAAGUAUUAAAACCGAAGAGGAAUAAAAAAAA